AUGGUACGAGGUAGGGCGGCAGGCAGAGGGAUCCGUCGCGGAAGCGCCACGUCUGCUGGUGGGCGAGCUGCUCCGCCAGAGGAAAGCGAAGCACCCGACAACAGCGGAGCGUCGAAUGAGCCCACAACAGCGACUCCCGCAACAUUGGACGAAGCAGUAGCCUCAUCUUCGAGCACAACUAGAAUCUCUACGCGCCGAGGAGGCACAGCUGCUGGAGCUCGUACGACUACGGGAGGGCGACUCAAGCCAAAGAUCCUACGGAGAGAUGAAGCGGAUAGAGACAAGCUAGCCCGAGAAGAGGAGCGGAAAGCCCAUGAAAGAGCAGCCGCUGAGAGGAGGGCACGUGGUCGCUCACGAAAUCGAAGCAAGAGGAGUCGAGGCGAUGCAAUGGGUGCCAGGGGAGGCAGAGGAGCUUCCACUGCCAGUGGCCCGUUCUCUAGCGGCUUUUCCGGAGCUGGUGGUUCAGCAGGCGGUGGGUGGUUUGGUGGCGGUAGCGGCGCUGCUGCAGGAGGAGGCUUUUAUGGCGGCAGAGGAAAAUCCGAAUCGAAGGGCAAAGGAUUUGCAGAAGCCGAUGUUCGAAUGCGCGAGGCAAGAAUAAAUGCAGACAAACUUCACGUCAUGACACCAGAGGACGAGCUCGAUAGCGACGAUGAGGCAAUGAUGGCAGCGCUGAGCGGUCGUACUGCCGUCACAAUGCCCAUGGGUAUAUACCGACGAGAACACAAAGAACAAGGAGUCAUUGUGGCCACAACGGCGGAGCUUGAAGCCGCCGAAAAUGCUACUGGAGAAGAAGAAAGUUUAUGGGUUGAUGGAGAUGGGUCUGGCAACUUGCCACCCAUGGAUCAACCAGAAGAGGGCGUGUGGGAGACAGAUGGAAAGAAGGUAUUGAUCAAGAAGGAGCCAGAUACUGAAGACCCGAUGGAUCUUGACACAGCGAUUGAGGUUGCGUCAGCCGAUGAAGAGAAGCAGGCAACUCCGGCUACGAAGCCCAAGAAGGAGCUACCAAAAGACCCCGAGGAGAGAGCCAUUCAAACAGACUUGGAUCUACUAGCCGGUGAACUCGGGGCCAUCACAGUCACAGACGAAGCGGGAGAAACACGAACUGAGGGGCCAUCUAACAAAGACGGACGUCUAUAUCUGUUCCAAUUUCCACCACUGAUCCCUCCUUUGAGGGAAGUAGGACAGCCUCGACGCAAGACCAAAGUCAAGGCAGAAGGCGAUGAUAUCAAUAUCAUGGACACUCCAAGCGCUGACGACGCCGCGGUCGACUUGACCCAGGAUGAUUCUGGCAGAGACGCAGACGACGACGACGUUGGUGACGAGCACGAGACAGAGGGCUUCCGCUCCCAAUUUUUAUCUCAUGGGGGCAUGAUUGGCAAACUCAACGUUCGCAAGUCAGGCAAGGUAGAGCUUGACUGGGGCGGUAUAACACUAGAGAUGAGUCCAGCAGCGGGUAUGAACUUCUUAACAACGGCGGUUAUUGUCGAAGAAAAUGACGAAAAGCCACAACAAGGCGUUGUAGGCGGGGAUGGUGUUGGCAUGGGUAAGAUUAUGGGACGGUUCGUCCUCGCUCCUAUAUGGAGCGAAGAAGAGGACUGGAACGUUGCACCUCAGGAGUUACUCACGGCAUGA